CGACGGAAGUGACGCGCCGGCGGGAUCCCGGCGGAGCGGGACGGCGGACGCCGGCUGCGCGGCGAUGAACAGUCGCCUACAGGAGAUUCGAGAGCGGCAGAAGCUGCGGCGGCAGCUCUUGGCGCAGCAGUUAGGAGCUGAAAAUGCAGACAGUAUUGGUGCUGUGCUGAACAGCAAGGAUGACCAGCGGGAGAUCGCCGAGACGAGAGAAACGUGUAGGGCUGCUUAUGAUACUUCUGCACCAAAUGCAAAACGCAAAUACCCAGAUGAGGGAGAAGCUGAUGAGGAAGAGAUUGAAGAGUAUAAGGAUGAAGUAGAGCUACAGCAAGAUGAAGAGAACCUUCCCUAUGAAGAAGAGAUUUACAAGGAUUCCAGUACCUUUCUUAAGGGUACUCAGAGCUUAAAUCCCCACAAUGAUUACUGCCAGCAUUUUGUGGAUACAGGACACAGACCUCAGAACUUCAUCAGAGAUGUUGGCUUAGCAGAUAGGUUUGAAGAAUACCCAAAACUUAGAGAGCUCAUCAGAUUGAAGGAUGAGCUGAUAUCUAAAUCUAACACUCCUCCCAUGUAUCUACAAGCAGACUUGGAAGCAUUUGAUAUUAGGGAACUGAAGUCCAAAUUUGAUGUGAUUCUCCUGGAACCACCACUGGAGGAAUACUACCGAGAGACUGGCAUUACUGCCAAUGAAAAAUGCUGGACCUGGGAUGAUAUCAUGAAAUUGGAAAUUGAAGAAAUUGCAGCCCCAAGGUCAUUUGUGUUUCUAUGGUGCGGUUCAGGCGAGGGUCUGGAUCUUGGCCGAGUGUGUCUACGCAAAUGGGGUUACAGAAGAUGUGAGGACAUUUGCUGGAUUAAAACAAAUAAGAACAAUCCUGGAAAGACCAAGACUCUGGACCCUAAGGCUGUUUUCCAAAGAACCAAGGAGCACUGCCUCAUGGGCAUUAAAGGGACCGUGCGUCGAAGUACAGAUGGUGACUUCAUCCAUGCUAACGUUGACAUUGACCUAAUCAUCACAGAAGAGCCUGAAAUUGGCAACAUAGAAAAACCUGUAGAGAUUUUUCACAUCAUUGAGCAUUUCUGCCUUGGACGACGACGUCUCCAUCUUUUUGGAAGAGACAGUACAAUCCGACCAGGUUGGCUGACUGUAGGACCCACCCUCACAAACAGCAAUUUCAAUGCAGAAACAUAUUCUUCGUACUUCACAGCUCCCAACUCCCACCUCACUGGCUGCACCGAAGAGAUUGAGAGACUUCGGCCCAAGUCACCACCACCCAAGUCCAAAUCCGACCGGGGCGGUGGUGCUCCAAGGGGAGGAGGAAGAGGAGGGACUUCAGCAGGCCGAGGAGAAAGGGGCAGAGAGAGGAACAGAACUAACUUUCGGGGUGAGAGGGGUGGCUUCAGAGGGGGACGUGGAGGUACCCAUAGAGGAGGCUUCCCUACCCGUUGAUGACUUAGGUAAUUGCUUCUUCUCCUGUUCUAAUGCCACACCUCUGAAUCUUUUUCCUAGUCUUGUUUUUGCUAAAGUGAAUUAUUCUGGGGACUCAAGCUAGAUGACUUUUUAAUACUGUUGGUGCAAGCCGUUACAGGGACCGUGCCUGCCGGGGCCCAGCCUGGUGUGUCACCUCUGCUUCUGUUUCUCAGAGCAGAGAGCACUGUUUCUUCAAAGCACCAGUAUGACCGAGUGAAGAUGCUUGCUCUUCCCUUAGGAAACUGGCAAGUUGUGAGCUUCAUCAAAUGUCAUAUUCUCCAAAGCACGGAUGCCUCUUCCUUCUCUGGAGAUUUAGGAUUGGACUGACUUGGAUUGCUAUGAUGGGGUGGGCAUGAAAUGCAGUUUUGAACUGCAUGGCCAUAGCAGGCUUACUCUCCUGUUCAUGGAAGAAUAAGUGCCGUGUCUCUAUUGACACCUAUUUUAACUUCUCUGAAAUCAAGGAGCAAAUUGAAUAAAUAAGAAUUAUAUUUUUUCUUAUUUGGUUAAUUUCUCGAAUUAUUCCUGGGAAUAGGGAACAAGUUUCCUGUUCAUUUGUGGUUGUGUAUGUGGUAGCUUUUCAUGUCUGUUGUGCGGAGAGUGGUAAUUCUGUGCAGUUGUGAGUUUGUGCUUUAUAGAAAGCAAGAAGUUGCAUAUUUAAAUGCAGUCCAGAACUUCUUUGUGGGUGUGGGCUCUGCUGCUUCAGUAAGGAUUUUCACCCAACGUCUGUUAGCCUCAUUCUUCACUGGGGAAACCAGUUUUACUGCAGAGCAGUUGGAAUGUAGGUAGUAGAAAGACCACAUUGGAAGGGUGAGGUGACAUUGCGAGUGCUUCCUGAAACUGUGCCCCUGGGUAAGGAGGGUACAGUAACCCAGCAGCACGUUUUGCUUUGCCUGUGGACAUUAUGCACAUUGGCAAUAGGCUGUUGGUGAUCGGCUCCAAAGCACAGUGUGAGGAGAAAGUGGUUCACUUUGGGAUGCACAGUAUUUGCUUGCCAAAAAACCACAACUGAACAUGCUGGUCAGUAUGUGGGAGACUGAACAUACCUGUCUGUUGAAGUCUCCAAGUGUUGGACAUGGAAUUUGGAAAAUUGGCUUUUAAGUCUCAUGUUUCUGUGUUGAAGCCUAGCUUUUAAAUAACUGCCUUGUAAAGUAGUUGAUUAUUAAACUUGUUUAUCAAAGUUGAUGUUGAAAUA